AUGUCCACCACAGUCGGCAAGACCCGUCUUGCCUACUCCCGAACAUGGCACUACAUCGACGCCGGCUCCGACGAGCGAUCGCUCGGGCGCCUUGCCUCCUCAAUCGCCCUGGUACUGAUGGGCAAGAAUAAACCCAUCUACGAUCCCUCGACCGACUGCGGCGACUACGUGGUGGUCGUGGGGUGCCACGACCUGCACACGACGGGGAAGAAGCGGCAGCAGAAGCAGUACUACACGCACACGACGCGGCCCGGGAGCUUGAAGAGCAUGUCAAUGGACCAGAUGUUUGCCAAAUGGGGUGGCGGGGAGGUACUGCGUCGGGCAGUGAAGGGGAUGUUGCCCAAGAACCGGUUGCAGAAGCCACGGCUAGCGCGGCUGAAGAGUGAGUUGCUUGCCCUGGACAGAUGUUUGUCGCGAUUUUUUCAGGGGGCGGUUUUGACUAACGAUAUAUAUCCUGCAGCGUUCGAAGGCCUUGCCCAUCCUUACAAGGAGAAUAUUAUCAAGUUCGGGAACGAGACUGUGCUAGGGCACAAGACGGAAUUCCAACAGGCGUUCCAGGCCGCGCGCGAGUCUUCAUAA